GUUACACAACUCUCCAUGUAUUUAAGUACUAUAGAUGGCAUACUUAAGAUUCCAGUGAUGAGAAGACGUCGACCCUACUGGCUACUGCCAUCCUCUGAAGUCCCUGCCUAGUCUGGAAGCUUGAGAAGAAAGAGAAACAGAAGGAGGUGUUAUAAGGAUGAUAUGAGUGCCACUAAUAGCAUCACCUGGGGACUUUGAAGCCUUGCAAUGGAAGCUAGCCACAGCACGACACACAGGUUAAUUAUGGCAGGGACGAGUGCAAUCAUCGCUCUGUAAAAAGAUAUAUCACCCUCUUCCCUUUAAAUUCAGUGCUGUAGAAAGUUCCUCUGCAAAGAAAAAGUCACAAUAAGAGAAAAGAGAGAAAGAGUUGAGAAAGAGAGAGAGAGAGAUUUUGAAGACUUUAGGACAUCCAUGGCUUUGGAAGGGAAAGAAGAAAAGUGUUGUAGUUUUUAGCUUCGACACUAAAUAAUUACUGAGCUUCCUUUCCCUUCUUUUUCAUCUUCUUGGGACUACCAAGCUUUUGAGAGGCACCAUGAUGGGGUCUCCUCGCCUUGAUCACUACCACCAAGAAGAACUCCAUGGUCUCCCUCCUUUCGAUCUCGCAACCAACCAGAUACUGGUUUUAAUUUCUUCAGGAAUUACGGUACUGAUUUUAGCUUAGUCCACGAGAUGUCGCCCGUAAGCUCACAGAUGAUUCAAGAGCUAGGGUUUCUGAACCAGCAGCUCAGCCAAGAGAAGCUCAAGGAGGAGGAGUUGCUGGAGUGCAGCGGCCUCCUCCAGCCGCUACCGACGAACUUGUCGGAAAUCUCAAGCUUGGACUACUACUACUACUACAACUGUGAGACCCUCGAGGCUCCAGAUCUGUCGGCUUCUUCCAAGUCAGGGAGGAGCAUUUGCCAUCCCUCUGUUGCCCUAAUGAGAAGCUUGUUGGGAGAGGAUGGAGCUUCUGGCCAUGGUCACCAUCUGCAAGAAUCCAUUCCAAGCUCAUAUUCACUCCACCAAAAGAUGCCCUCUUUAGUCAGUGGACCAUGCAGCAGCACUUGGGAACAUCACAGAUCACCUCAAACCCCAACACCCUGCAGGAAACCUCGGCUGGAGCAGCGAUCUCCCUUCCCUCCUUUCAAGGUGAGAAAAGAGAAACUUGGUGACAGAAUUGCAGCAUUGCAGCAGCUUGUAGCACCCUUUGGCAAGACUGACACAGCUUCAGUGUUAAUGGAAGCAAUUGGAUACAUCAAAUUUCUUCUAGACCAGGUUGAGAAGUUAAGUGUGCCAUACAUGAAGUCAUCUGGCAACAAAAGGUCAAGGACAAUGAUAGAGGCUUCAAAGGAGAAGACUAAUAUUGAGACAAAGAGAGAUUUGAGAAGCAGGGGACUUUGUCUGGUUCCCUUGUCGUGCACGUCGUACAUGACGAGCGAGCAAGGAGUUUGGUCGCCCUCGAACUAUGGAGGAAGUGGUUGAUCAGGAGGAAUAUGUAAUUAUUGUUUUCAUGAAGUUGAACAAGUUUUUGAGUUGGCUAGUUGGUAGAUGGCAUCCAUAUGUUGCUCCUUUUGAACUUAAUUUCUUUGUCGUCGUCCAUUGUUUGCUUGUAAUAGAUAGAACAUAUAGCUUGCUCGGGAUGACAAUCGAGUUGUAGCUAGAAAAUUGGGGGUCUAAUGGAGCUAGGGAACUUGUUCAAUUCAUGUAGUUAAUUCAUUUCAUUAAAGCUAGUUGUAGGAUAUGAUCACAUGCUUAAUUUGGGAUGCUCUUUUAGAGUAUCUAGCAA